GAGUCUCCGCCCCGCCACUUCCGGUCCCGCCGCCGGGAGCCGGUGCGGCUGUUAGGCCCGCGUCUCGCCGCCGCCGCCGGCCGGGCAUGGUGUUGGGCGCCGGCCCGCCUCGCCUGUCUCGGGGUGCUGAGAGUAAAGGUGGUAGUAAUGCUAACGCUGGCAAGCAAACUGAAGCGAGAUGACGGUCUCAAAGGGCCCCGGACAGCUGCUGCUGCGUCUGACUCCACGCGGAGAGUUUCCGUGAGAGACAAGUUGCUUGUUAAAGAAGUUGCAGAACUUGAAGCUAAUUUACCUUGUACCUGCAGAGUGCACUUUCCUGAUCCAAACAAGCUCCACUGCUUUCAGCUCACCGUCACCCCAGAUGAGGGUUACUACCAGGGUGGAAAAUUUCAGUUUGAAACUGAAGUUCCUGAUGCAUACAACAUGGUGCCUCCCAAAGUGAAAUGUCUGACCAAGAUCUGGCACCCUAACAUCACAGAGACAGGGGAGAUAUGUCUGAGUUUGCUGAGAGAGCAUUCUAUCGAUGGCACCGGCUGGGCUCCCACCAGAACGCUCAAGGAUGUUGUUUGGGGAUUAAACUCUUUAUUUACUGAUCUUCUGAACUUUGAUGACCCACUGAACAUCGAAGCUGCAGAGCACCACCUGCGAGACAAGGAGGACUUCCGGAGUAAAGUGGACGACUACAUCAAGCGUUACGCCAGAUGAUAGGAGGAGAGGAUUGCAGGCCCGUGGACUGUGUCACAGCUCGUGUCUAAUGUGGAACAGCACGAGGUAGCCCUGCUCCCGUCCUCACGCUCCCUCUGCCCACGGGAUCGCCCCAGGCCUGUGACCAUGUUGUCCCGAAGAAGACCGUCCUCCUGACGCCAGCUGUAGAUGGCGGAUGAACACAAAUACAGCAAGAAAGCCUUUGGGCCUCUAGAGAGUUGUCUGCUUCCCUUACCAUGUUUACUCCUGAAGCUGUGCUGUCUAGGCUGCCGCGAGACUUCUCAGAAGUUGUCCUGAGCUCAACCCUGAGGCUAGCGCUUGCUUCCCCUCCCCAACCGAACCGGUCCCCCUGCACAAGUGAUGUAAUGAUGUGUUCAGUGUAACUCGCAGAUUGGCAAUAAGAAACCCGCUGCAAACUGAGAUUGGAUGCACAUUCUCUUAGCUUCCUCCACGAAGGUUGGCCCUGCCUAGAUGUGAAGCUUCCCAGAAUGCAUUGCCAUUCACUGUAGAUCUUACUGAAAUGCGUAUUUUAUUUAAUGUAAGUAUAUUUUGGAACAGAUUUGUAAUUUGUACAAUUGAAUGCUUUAAUUAUUUUUUUCUAUUCUCAUUUAGUUUGUAUUUUCAUUGUAUAGAGCAGACACAAAGAUGUCGGGUCAAGCAACUCUUGAAGAGAAAUACAAAGAAACUGAAAGACA